AUGGACGGCAAUUUCAAAGCCAAACAUCUUCACCCUACACACCCAGAAGAUGAGGUUUGGCUCACCAACGGGCAAUGUUUCAUGGUGGCAAGAGCCAGAUACCAAGCUCAUCUCGCCAACUCAAAGGACUUGGCACAAAGGUCUGAAUGCAAUAACCAUAGAGCAGUGAACCAGGCCAAUGCCUCUAGGCACAAAUUGGAGGCCACCGGAAUCGGGGGGUGCACCUGUGCCAGGCACAGGUGCUUUGUUCUGAAUUCAAUGGUGGAUUUUCAAAAGGGUGAAAGCCAGGCUUUUACGUUUUAUGAUGUCAACUGCCAGUACAACAAGCACCUCCAGCGGCGGGUGGGCGAGAGCCUGCAUCUCACCAUUCCUUCUGGAAUGGAGAUCAUUCCGGGAAUCAGGCUUUGGCACAUUCAUGGCCACCAAGACAAAUGCUUCAUCUGGUACGCAUCCAACUUCAUCCCAGGCACAGCCAGAAUAGACGCUUGGGGGAUGUCAAUGCCGUAUAGACAGGAAUGCCUGGAUUAUCAGAUGAACAACUGUAAUUUCAUGAAGAUGAUCUGA